GUUUCCCAGGAGCAUUGCCAACAUUAUCCUCAAGAAUUUGAGUCAGGGGAAGUGUAUGCCUUUUCGAAAAACGCCGCUGUACUUGCUUCAUUGUGAGCUACUCCGAAGCUUUUCCCUACAGCUAUGUCGAAACUGAGUGGCACUGUUUUAUUUCUAAUUGAGGUUUUCAUUCUUUAUGGAAAUGGGAAGAACACAGUAGACAGCUUCACGUGCUCAAUCACAGGCUAUUUCCCCGAUCCAAAUGACUGUGCAAAGUUUUAUAGCUGUCAGUUAACUGGCAGUGAGGCGUAUUUAAUGCCAUGCCCAUCGCGUAGCCCUAUUUACAAUCCAGUGGAUAAAAGAUGCAUGAAUAUUACAAAUAGAGCUCAAAUCGCUUCACUUUGUCGCAGUUCAAUCACUCCUACUCCUAGGAUAUCCACGAGCGUCAGGAGCCCGAAGCCGAGUGGAAUUUUACCUUCCUCGUCAAUCAAUGUUACCCACAGCCGAUAUACAACGACACCACGACAAUUAGUGACUACAUCUUCAUUUUCAGAUCCAAAAAAUUCUCACCCAACCGUUGAACCAAUAAAAACGAAACAUUGUGGAUCGGUGGCCUUGGAGGAAAAGUUUAAGUGUUUCGAGAACGAAGCUGGACAGCUCAAGGAAAGCAUGGCGAGAAAUAAAACUGCUUCGAUACUAGAUAUUUUACAGACAACGGCUGAGGAUGCCGACGACGUGCUUGGGAGCUUGACUUUUCCAAGGAACGGUUCUUCUUAUCUUAACGCUUUUAAGAUCGUAUCAAUUUUAGAAGACCUGUGGAAGGAGGCCCAAAAACGUCUGGCGAAUAGCAGCGAAAUCAUACGAAUAUUUACCAAGAGUUUUUUGUUUGAAAGUGCGAACAUCAACGGGGAAUACAGAUUUCCACAAGAAUCUCUUCUGUAUCUUCAAAAGCAGAUGCAUUGGGAUGAACUCACUGACCAGAUACAAUUACCCAGGAAACUGCUUUCUGAAGGCAAAUAUCCGUGUCGUUCUGUUGGUGCUCUGUAUUCAAGACUACAUGCCAUUGUGCCAGUACGAUUGAGCGACACCAAUGAAACUCUAAGGCUGAAUAGCCACGUGAUAUCCAUGUCGCUAUGUAUGCCGGUAAAGCACAAGUACCAAAGGAAUAUUCUCAUCAUACUGAAACAUCUUAAGGCUCUUGACGAAAAUGAGUAUACAUAUUGCGCUUUCUGGAAUUUUUCAAAACACACGAUUCAAGGGAGAGGAGCUUGGUCACGUGACGGUUGUCACGUGGUUACAGAGAGGUCCAACAGGACACACACUGUGUGCGCCUGUGGUCAUCUCACCAACUUUGCUGUUCUUAUGGGAUCUGGAGAGUAUUCGGUGCCAAAAGCUGACAAAUUUGCUUUGGGUAUCAUUACAUACGUUGGUUGCAUUUUAUCCUUAUUUGGAGCUGUUGGUGCUAUUACGUCGUUUGCUGUUUUCACUCAGCUGAACACAGACCGUCACAUCAUUCAUGGGAACUUGCUGGUGUCCAUUGCCAUUUCCCAAACCAUAUUUUUGUUUGGAAUAGAGCAGACAGAAAACGAGUUACAGUGUAAAUUCACGGCGAUCAUGCUUCAUUAUUUCUACUUGGUAUCAUUCGGUUGGAUGCUUUGCGAGGGACUUCAUCUUUACACCAUGGUGGUGAAGGUCUUCAACUUGUCUUCUAAAAUUUAUCACUACAUUGUGUUAGCUUGGGGGAUUCCAGCUUUGCUUGUUCUCGUAACAGCUGCUUGUAUGUACUCCGACUAUGGCACAAAAACAAGUUGCUGGAUUUCGCCCGAAAGAAACACUUUGUUGGCGUUUAUCAUUCCUGUAGCUGUUACCACUUUGGCGAACAUUGUGAUCUUGGGUUUGGUUUUGCAUGAGAUUUGUCGCCUUCACACGACGGGACGAACUUGCAUGAGCGAUGUCGUUCGAUCUACUCUCAAGUCAUUAGUGGUACUUUUUCCUCUUCUUGGAGUUACUUGGUUAUUUGGACUGCUGGUGUUUGCUACUCAUAGUGUUGCAUUCCAGUAUCUAUUCGCUCUGUCUAAUACCAUGCAGGGCUUUUUCAUUUUUCUCCUUCACUCUUUGUUUAAUUCGGAGAUUCGGAAGAACUUCAAACGUAAGAAAGAGACGUGGAAGGCAAUAAAAGCCAUCCGCUUUAUCCGUAAACGACUAUCGGGUUCCUCAGUUGUAACACCUUUAGGACGUCAGAGCUCCCUCUCAGAGAAAGCUUCUACAUUCAAGCCUUCUUCAGCUGAGUGAUAACAUGCCAUAAUGACACCCAUAUUCACAACUGAUGUACACGCCCAUUGUGACAUCAAGGUGUGCUCACUGAUGCUUACAUUGGCCAUGAGGUGAUAAAGAGUACCAAGAGAGGAAUGCCAUAGAUGUGUUCUUUGGAGGGAGUGCAACUGCAUCGAAAAUAUGUCCACUUCGAAUACUUACAGAAAGUUUCAAAACCGGUUUUCUGAAAGUCACAAUUGACGGGAGGUACAUUUUAGACAAUCAGUGAUUCGUAGUAAAGGGAGACCCUCGUAGGACUUCCGGAAUCAAAUAAGCAGUAUUUAGUCUAAAGGUUACUGACAAGGUUCAUGAUAUAGCUUGGUAGUGUGUGUAAAGAAAUGGAGAAAAGAGUUGUCAUAAUGAAUACUUUUAAGAUACUUUUUAACCCUAAGCAUCAUGGAUGCUUCUUGUACUCAGUUUUCUUGUGACGCAUAGUUAAAACAUCAGUUUAUAGUGUAUAUCUAAAACUGAGCAGUUUUAUCCUACAUAAGUGAGUAUAUGUCUAAUCAAUUUUUUUUACAUAGUAACAAAAUCUAUUCUAGUUAUGUAGUAUUUGCAUAUCCUGAUAUCAAAAAAUGUUGUGGUUAAUUGAUGUAAAGACUACCCCACCAGCAAGGUAGCGCUUUACCUUACAGAAAUCAAGAAAUAUGAAUUCUGAACAUAUACAUAUAUAUGGUCAACCCAAAGCCAGCUUUUUAGCUACGAAUUUCAUGCAAGCCUUUUCUAAUGCAGGUACUACUAAAGAAAAAUUUUAAAUGUUUUAAUCAUGGUAGGUCAAUAGAUUGUGACCCAAUUACCUUCAGUUUUUAUGCAGAUGUAGUAGAUAAAAUUUAAAUCUGGGAUUACUUAACGAACAAAAUCUGAGCUCUGCCAACUAAGCUUUGAAGAAAGAAACCAUAGCACUGAUACGAUGAACGGAGAAUCUGUGAUAUAUCAUGGCUCUCAAUUUAUCAAGCAGAGUUUACGAACCAAAUCAAAGUCAAACGGCGUUUAUAGCGAUGAAUGAAUCGCGUUUUGUUCUGUUGGCUCUGCGAACCGUAUCUGGAUCAGUAUACAGCGUUGGUAGGGAAAAUGUUUGUUGUCUGAACUGUUCCAAAACGUUGGUUUUUCUGCUGCUGAGAUGCUGGAAUAUUCCUUUCGUCUCCAUUCGUAAAUUCUCGCCAAAGUAAAUGAACAACCAGGGAUGGAUUGCAGCAUUAGCAUGCGCCAGCCAGUACAUCAUUACCAGGGUACCGAAGGGAAUCAUGUCGUAAAUAUCAGUGUAAAAAUAUUCCAUGAUGUGGGCGAUAUGAACGGGAAGCCAGCAAAUGGCGAAAACGACAACAGCCGUGACCAGCAUCUUAAUAACCGCACGGUGUCUUCUUGUUCGCUUGAUAUGCACCUGCAAUGUGGCAUUUCCCGGUGGCUUGUGUGUCCAGAGGAACUUGGCUAUCAGUGAGUAAAGGACUGAUAUAACGAGGAGCGGAACAGCAUAGGUGAUGACUACUCUGACAAUCAUUUCAGCUCGAUAAAGAGUAUCCGAAAGUUCAGGCUCCAUAUUGUGCCACUGCCCGUGGCAUUCAGCGGCUUCCCCCUCCACCUCGUAUACUGUGUACUUGUAAAGCUCUUCACUAAAUAUCAAGCCUGCGAAUAUCCACACGGCAACGAUGGACUUUUUCACUGACCUGUGCGAUAGUGGCUCUCUCUUCCUCUUCCAAAUGGCGCACACAAUAGCCAGAUAUCGAUCAAUAGCAAUGAUGGCAAGGCUCCAGAUUGAAACACAGAUGGAAACCGGCAACAUAUACACUGUCAACUUGCACAGGAUCGUACCUAUUACGCCUGAUAUCCAUCGGUUUUCACACAAGAUGACUGGCACCGUGAGGGCAGAGGCUGUUGUCACAUUCAAGAGAUCAGCUACAGCAGUGUUUACCAAAAGCCAGUUGAAAGGGUUGCGACGGAUGCUCACACGCGUGCGCACAAUGUGGAUGACGAGCGAAUUUCCCAGGAAUGAAAACAGGAAGAUGAUCGCGUAUGCACUAGUAGUGACAAUCUUUGUGACGUCAUCGAUGUCUGUCAUUUCGAAAUCCUCCUCGUCAAAGACGGUUGGUUCAGAGGAGUUAUUCAUCAUCGUCACUGUAAUCUCAGAAGCUUGAAAAAGAUAUACACCAUAAUCAGCGAUAAUUUCAAAAGCAAACAAAUUGAAAAUUUCCUCUAUCAGUUUUCAAUGAAAUGACGACGAUCCCGACAUUAUUGAUAAUGGUUCGAUAGUAAAGCAUGACCGAGCUGAGUUAUUUGAGGAACCUAUUUUCGUCUCGCAGAAUUGAAAUGAAUUGAGAGUCUGUUUCAUGUGGCACAUAUUUGUAUUUAAGGGGAAUUCUAUUGGCUACAGAAUUUAUUGCUUAUGGAAAAUCAAACAAUCAAAACUCUUUGCAGGUGUUCAGUUAAAUAUUGGUUUCGUGUGAACGUUUAAAGACGCGUAUUCUAGCGUCUUUAUUUUUGACGGGCCAGUCGACCGGGGUGCUUAUGAUAAAACGUCUUAGGAUGGCUACCAGUUGUGCACGGUGUCGUUUUUCUUCCCUUGCUUAUCUAUGUGUCAUUUUCCGUCGCCGCUGAGGUGGGCUCUUGAGCAGGGCGAAAUGUCACAAACUAAGCACAAUUUUGACUACAGGAUUUCCUUAGCAUUAUCACAAUCAAAGUAUAAUAAACGCGUGAUAGUAUCAGUGAUUGACUGAAAAAUAUUCUUCCUAAAACCAGAUUUAAAUUAACAAACAAACGUGCUUAGGGCUGAAUAAUGUGAUCCAUUGUGUGUUAAUGGAAGUGAAAAUUAAUAUCACUUAACACUAUGUAUUUUUACUCUAUUAUGAAUCGCAAAUUUCAUUGCGAAAAAUACAACAUUAUAGAACUGAAAUGGAAGAAAAUAAAAAACUACGACAAAGUAAGUCCAGUCUCAAAAUCGUUUUAAGAUUUGGCCAGCCGAGAGGUGA